AUGUCUGCUUUUUCAAGAGGAUGUCUCCUAAGAGCGCAUCUGUUGAAGAGACCCGCGCAAAGCUGCCAAAGCACCUUCUUGCUCAUUGCUCAACCCGCGGCACCACGAAGUUUUAGCAGCUCUCAAUUUCUUCACGCUGUGAAGAAAAAGACCAAAAUCCCUCCUCCUCCUAAAGUUCAACCUCCUAAAGUUCAACCUCCGAAAGUUCAACCUCCGAAAGUCAAUCCGCAGAAGCCCAAAUUACCAACCCCAACCAAAGCCGCCGAGCCAGCGAAUAAUGAUUACGUUCCACAUGCUUACGCCAAAAAGCUCUCUGAGCUUCCAGAGCCAACGCUCUUGUACGAGGCACCAUCCCAUACCACUCUCCGUACGGUCUCAUAUAUCAGUACGGCAUUCUUCAUAUCCUACGGCGCAUACUGCGGGUUCACCUACAUCGAACCUCACCCCGAAGCACCCAAAUGGGUAGCCUUGACCUUUGGAACAGGCGCAUUUAUAUUGUUCACCAUGGGUGGUUGGCUUAGCACAUGUCCGGCUGGAAUCAUAAAGACUCUCAGGGUCAUUCCAAAGCGUAUAGUCUUGGAAAAAAGAAUGGUAGGGCCGCAGCUGGCGCAAAGAUUACCAGACCUAGUAUUGGAAGCGGAGAUUCGAAAGACGCUUCCUCUACCUUUCCUCCCAAACCGGAAGUUCUAUCUCGAUCCACAUGAUAUGCAAGUCCCGGAAGCACUUUGUCCACCACUCACUCCUAGUGAAGCGGCAAAGUUUAAAGCUUUCGAGCAGCAGAUGAAAGCCACGGCGCAGCAACAAGCAGAGUACAAUGCGAAACAUAAGCUCGCAAGCUUGGGAACCAGAUUCAGCAAGUGGAAUUACAAUGUGUUUCAGGCGGUCAAGAGGGCGUGGACCAGAGAGGGCUUUAUGGUGAUACGAUUCGUGGGUUUGAAGGGAGGGAGGGAGGUUAGCUCUGCGUUCAAGUUGGAUGUUAUGGAAGGUGCCUACGCGUUGGAUCAGGGAAAAGCGAUUGAUCGUUUAGCUGAUAUUCGGAGGGUGAAAUGA